GAGAAAAAUUGGUUCCAUUCUGUUGACGAGGUUAGUGCAGUGAGUGUGGGUUGUGUUGUGAAUGUCGACGGAGAUGAGGAAAGAUAAGCAAGUAGAUGAAAACAGCAGCCAGGAAGAGUUGGACAAAGGCGUCUCUUUGACUUCCACCAGGUUCUCUUCUCGCAACACUUCCUCCAAAUACGACUUUGUCAAGGUGAAGGUGUGGCUGGGAGAUAAUGCGGAUCACUACUACGUGCUUUCCAGGUUUCUGCUCAGCCGAAUGUUAACUGUCACCAAGAUCCCAAAUUAUGUAGCUAUUAAAAUCGCUCUGGAGCUCAAGAAGCUGCUAAUAGACAACAGCCUUCUAGAUGUUUCCCAGUCUGAUUUGGAAGCCAAUCUCUUUAAGCUUAUGGAACGAAGGGGUUAUGGCGAAGAGUACAUAAGUCGUUACAAGAUGAUGACCAGAUUUCAUCAUCAAAGAGUGCCGUUAGUUAUUCUUGUCUGUGGAACUGCAUGUGUUGGGAAGUCAACCAUUGCUACCCAACUCGCACAAAGGCUAAAUUUGCCCAAUGUCUUGCAGACAGAUAUGGUGUACGAAUUACUGCGCACAUCAACAGAUGCACCAUUGACAUCUACUCCUGUUUGGGCACGAGACUUCAGCUCCUCUGAGGAGUUAAUUACUGAAUUUUGCAGGGAAUGCAGGAUUGUUCGUAAAGGAUUGGCUGGUGAUUUGAAGAAAGCAAUGAAAGAUGGAAAGCCAAUAAUAAUAGAGGGAAUACAUUUGGAUCCAAGCAUUUAUUUAAUGGAUGAUGAAAAUAAAACACGAGCUGAUGUGCAAGAGAAAACUCCGGAGGCAAACCAUCUUGCAGCAAAUGAUUCAAAAACACAGAUGGGAAAUGAUUCUCUAAUAUAUACCAAGCAUGUCAACUCUAAAGAAGGGACACUAAAUAACAAAGUCAACAAUGUCUCAGAUUACCUGGAAGCUAUUAACCUUGCUGGAAGUUUGUCUGAUAAAAAAGGUGAAAAUCUUAGUGGUGAAGAGACAAACAAAAAUUCUCUUGUUAAGAAAGAGAAGUCCGGUCCGGAACCAAUAAUUAUACCUAUAGUUCUGAAGAUGGCUGAAUUUGAUCAUAAGGCUUUGCUAGAGGAGGAGAUCUCAACACGAACAUUUAGUGAUAAAUGUCUAAUCCAGGAUAAAGAUAAACUAAUAAGCAACUUAAAGAUCAUCCAGGACUAUCUUUGCUCAUUCAAUUCUCAGGGAUUGACAGUAGUCAAUAUAUCAGCAACAACAUUCCCACAAACAUUGGAUUGGCUGCAUGGAUAUCUUCUUGAGUGUAUUGAGCAUGGUAUUUCAUCUGUGUCCAACGAAAAUAGUAGGCGGCCUGCGGAAAAGUAGAUUGCAUUCAGGAUUUAGCUCAAGGCAGGUAUUGAAUGAGAUUAGAGGUACCUUUGUUAUGGUUUACAACGGAUUAGUUAAGAAAACCAGCAAGGGGUAUGUAUGGAGGCAAGCCAAUUGGAUAACUAAUUAGAUCAGUGUCAUUGAACAAAAUGGAGAACAACUUGCUCAAAUCUUUCAAGGGAAAAUGUGAAACUAAGUUCUAUCUCCAUGCAUUCUGACUACUAUCCAGAGAUUGUAUAGUCAAAUGACACCGAUCAAGAUUGAGCUCUUCAAUAUGGGAUAACCAAAUGACGAAUGAGGGGUUCUGGAAACUUGCUGGCAUGUAAAUUCGGUUAUUAAAUUGUUGUGUCUGUAGUGUGUACAGGGUUUUCAAGACUAAUUUGUUUGAACAGAGACCAUUUAAAGUGUCUGAAGACUAAUGUGCUUUUACAAA